CUCUGAGCAACCGGACUCACGGCGAGUGGAGGCCGGGCACACACACGCAUCCUGCUCCCUUCGGCACAGACCCCGCGCCCCCGGCAUACCAUGGCCUCUUCCAAGGCCGAGCCCUUGCCCGCCCCCAGUGUGGACUCUGAAGACCCUGAAGAGAGGAUCGCCGCUCGCCGACUCCGGAUUGCCCAGAGGCAAGAGGAGAAACGACGGCAAGCCAGGGGUGAAAAUGAAGUGAAAGAAGGAGGAGAUGACAAAGAAGAACUUGGUAAAAGCUGCAAACAAGUUUUGGAUUCGCGCCAGAGACUGACAAAGCUACAAAGAGAUGGCAUGUCAUUUGUCACAAAUGUACAAGUUGCUGAAGACUCAAGGGAGGUGCACAGGAGAAAUGCACAGAGAGAAGCACUGAAGCAAAGGACUGCAAAGUUGGAGAAUGAAGCCAUCAUAAGUGAGGAAAAGUUUGAGGCUAUCACAAAAAAGUGGUUAUCAGCAAAAGCUCAUAAGAUUCCCCAGGAUUUGAGUGACCUUCUCGUGAAACAGCAGCAACUAUGUGCUCAAUUAAUCAAAGAAAAAAACAAGCUUAUUAAUACAUUGCAGAAGGAGCUAAAGCUGAGUGAUGAUCGUUAUGUAAAGGAUCUAAAGAAAUCUGCUGAAGAUAUUGACUUGCUGUUGGAACGUAUGGAAGGUCAAAUAAAGACCAUAACCAAGUCCUACAGAAUGGAAAUGAAGGAGAUAGAGAAAGCCUUUCAGCUGGAACGCCACGAACUGAUGAAAAAUAAUCUGUUAAUGUGGGAAAAGAAAAUGCAGAUACGAAAAGACAAAGAGGUGGAGUAUUUUGUUGUUAGAAUGGAGAAAGCUGAGGAGUACGAGAAUCAACUUCAGCAGUUGCGGGUUCAAGAUGCAGAGGAAUACAAUAUGAUCAAAAUGAAGUUGCAGACCGAUGUAGAGGUUCUACAGCAGCAGCUGGAGCAGAUGAAAGCUACAUAUCAACUAAAUCAAGAGAAACUUGAAUAUAACUUCCAGGUGUUAAAGAAACGUGAUGAGGAGAACACAAUCACAAAAUUGCAACUGAAGAGAAAGAUUGCAAGGUUACAUGAUGUUUUGAAUAGACUAUUGGCAAAAUCGGCUAAACAGGAGAAAAUGUAUCGAGAAGAGAACCAGUCCUUAACUGACCAAUACAAGAGAAUCGUGGAACUAUACAAAGACCUUCAGAAGAAAAUGAGACAUUUUGCUGCUGUUGAUGCAAAAAAGUUUGAAGGCGUUUGGCUUAUGAAUGAGGAAGAGGCAAAGAAUCUAGUCAAAAAGGCUCUCGAUGCUGAUAGGAUAAUUCACCAUCAGCAGCUUGGAUUGAGCUGGACAAUGCCAGAUCUGUGUUUCAUGGAAAACGUUGGGCCAAUUGUGCUUUGCACUGAGAAGAAGAAGUCAGCGGUCCAGCUGGCAGAAGAAGUUAUUCUAGGAGACAAACAGCCAUGGGAUUUACAGGAAGGAGCAGGAAAAGAGGAUAAAUCAGACACAUAUAAUGCCAUUUUCCGAAACACUUGUUAUUCAGCUAUCGAGGACAAGGCAAUGGCACUGUGUGGUGGAAAACCUGGAGCGAUCUCUUUGAACACAGUUAAAACAUUGCUGGAAGUAUUGUGUGACGAAACUGGAUUCCUGAUUGAAGGCAAGCUUCGUAAAAUUCUUGGUUCCCUCAAGCAAGAGGAAGGAUCACUAAUUAAACUUGAUGCCAUAUUUGCUGCUUUGGGAAUUGAAAAUGCGGAUGAUAUCAUCAAGCUGACAGACUUUUUUACAAAGAAUUCUGAAACAUCUAAAUAUGAAUUGGAUAAGGAGACAGAUGUAUUAUUGCAGCAGCUUGACGAAGAAGUAUUAGCAGAAAUGCAAGCUGUAGAAGGUCAAGAAGUAGAAGUAUGCAUAACUGAAGAUGAAGAGAAAAAGAUCAAAGCCUGUGAAGAUUUGCAGUCCCAGCAGCAGUUACGACUUGUUCACCCAAACGUUGUCCUCAGAACUCUAAGACUUUUUCUUGAGGAAAAUCAGCAGACAAGGGAUAAAAUGCAGACCCAAACAUCAACUGUGAAGGAGAGGGAUAGCUCUCAAGAUAGUGCAUACUGGAAUGCAAUGGCAAAGGUAAUUCCUGAGAGCAAAUUGAAGGUCUGGAAUUGUCUGGAGGAUGCUUUGGGCAAAUAUUACCAAAUAUUGGUCAAAAGAGCAAACUUAAUCAAUGAGAAAAGCAGCCUUGCUCAGCAAAAUGCGGAGUUCAGGUUGUUACUGCAACAGUACAUGCAUUCUACAGUGAACAAUGAGCUUGAGAUUCCACCAACACAACUGAUGCAAUUUAAUUUUGAGUAGAAAUAAACUGUUAACGUGGAAGAUCAUUCAGCAUGUACAAUUAAUGCGUAAGGGGAGCGAUCAGUGAUUUAUUGGAGUUUGCAGUAGACUAUACCUGGGCAAUGGUAUGUUUUUUCCACACUUCUCUUUUGCUGCCUAUGGACAAUGUAACCCUUCAGUGUGCUUUCUAAUAGCUGGUUAUCUAAAAAUUAGUACUGGAAGAAAUAUUUACCUUAACAUUUUGCUAAUUGUUGGGAUUAUUUCUAUGUGUAAUUUGUUAUUUUAUAACUGGCAACUGUCAAAUAAAAUUCAUGAGAAAUGUUGAAAUGAAAAUAAUUUUUAAUUAUUUU